AUGGCAUUCUCGAAACCAAAAUUUACCAAGUUUAUUUUAGCCCCAUAUUCGAAAUAUUGGGAAAGUCGGACAACCAUUGGUCGACGAUUUACUGUACGACAUCUCAAAGGCGGAGGACCCGAUCGAAUCAAGACCCGCGAGGGAGGACUCGGUCGAAUAAAGACUCGCAAGAGUGGACCAGAUCGAAUCAAGACCCUCAAGGGAGGACCCGGUCGAAUAAAGACUCGCAAGAGAGGACCAGAUCGAAUCAAGACCCACAAGGGAGGACCCGGUCGAAUAAAGACUCGCAAGAGAGGACCAGAUCGAAUCAAGACCCGCGAGGGAGGACUCGGUCGAAUCAAGACACUCAAGGGAGGACUCGGUCGAAUCAAGACCCUCAAGGGAGGACCCGGUCGAAUCAAGACUCGCAAGAGAGGACCAGAUCGAAUCAAGACCCUCAAGGGAGGACCCGGUCGAAUAAAGACUCGCAAGAGAGGACCAGAUCGAAUCAAGACCCGCGAGGGAGGACUUGGUCGAAUCAAGACACUCAAGGGAGGACUCGGUCGAAUCAAGACCCUCAAGGGAGGACCCGGUCGAAUCAAGACUCGCAAGGGAGAACCCGGUCGAAUCAAGACCCGCAAGGGAGGACCCGAUCAAAUCAAAACCCGCGAGGCAAAAAUGGAAUCAAGUUUUUGCUCCAUUUCAUCACCAAUUGGUGUUUGGGGUCUCUAA